GUUCCUCCCCAAAAGCAGAAAAAAAUGGAAGAGUCAUUCUUUGAAGUUGUAAGGAGUCACUCUUUGAAGUUGCUAAGGAGUGCAAAUCACAUCCCAUCAGGUCAUACCCUGCCCCGCACUCCUCCUAUGAUGAGUGUAAAGAAACAUUUGGAUUUUGAGGACGUGGAACUUGUGAUGCCAAACAGCAACGCAAAGGCAGAUGGAGAUGUUGAKGUGCUUGGUUGUAGCAGUCUUAAAAUGCAGAACCCUUAUAAUAUGCUGAAGGGCAUGAAGGGGUAUCAUCUCACUUCUGAUGACCUAAAUUUCAUCAAGAAAAAGGCAGAAGAUGACUAUAUAAAAAAACUUCAGGAAGAAUUGGCAGAAAUUCAGGCCCUGCUGAAAAUGGACGUGGAGCUUGCACUUGUGGCUAGGGUGAUGACACAGGUCACCAUCAGCCUGAUCUCUUCGAGUGACGAUCUGGCCUACUUGGCCAAACUGGUUCUGAGAGAGGCCUCACCUUCUGACUUCACUCAUCUGGAUACAAAGUCACUUCUGGCUGUCGUCAAAAUGGAGGAAAUCCAAAGAUUAACUGACCAAAAAAAGGUCAAUGCAAUGAUGGAGACAACUGCUGCAGAAAUGUGCAAGAAAGARGCUGAAGAGAGAGGCCAUCUUGAACUGCAAGUUGCCAAUGAGGAGGUAAGAAAUGCUUUUUAA